UCGAAUUCGAAGCCCAUGGCGGAGUACAAUGCGGCGGCGGUGGUAUCGGCGCCGUCGAACCUGACGCGGUAUGAUGUGGUUCAGUCGGUCUUGACGAACAAGACGCUUCUACACAUGAUGUUUGUCUACCAAGAUGGAUUCUUCGGAGACCUCAUGCCACGCGUGGAGGAGUGGAAGGCAAUGCACCGCGAGUUCAGCGAUUAUCUGUUGCCACCACGAUACGCUGCCAUCUUAGGAACGUCGUCGAAGCUAAAGGUGUCCGGUGGCUUCGAUCUUGGCAUCAACUGGCUUGGUCGGGACCCUCGAUUUCUCCUUCACAUUUCGAUUUUGGAAGACGACCUUCCCCUAGUGAAGCGGUGGUUGGCGUGCCGUGGCCGGCGGUACCUCACGCCACGGGCGAUGGAUUGCGCAGCACGAUAUGGCCGCCUGAACAUUGUCAAGUACUUUCACUCGCAGCAAUUUCCAUGCACGAACCAAGCGAUGAUCUGCGCGGCGUGCUAUGGGCAUGCCGACGUCCUGUACUUUCUACACAACAAUCGGUCCGAAGGGUGUACGUCCGAAGCGAUCGAUUACGCCGCCGAGCACGGUCAUUUGGCGAUUAUCCAGUUCCUCCACACCCAUCGCCGAGAAGGAUGCACGUACGCGGCGAUGAACGUGGCCGCGAAGAACGGCCACCUCGACGUCGUGGACUUUUUGCAUCGAAACCGCGCCGAGGGGUGUUCGGAAGACGCGAUGGAUUUUGCCGCGCUCAACGGACACAUGCAUGUACUCGAGUACCUUCACGCGGAACGCACGGAAGGAUGCACGAUCUACGCCAUGAACAACGCGGCGGCGCGGGGACAUUUCAAUGUCGUUCGAUUCCUAGACUCCCAUCGAACCGAAGGUUGUACGACAUACGCCAUGGACGAAGCCGCCAAGAACGGACACGUGGACGUCGUCGAGUACCUCCACACACAUCGCUCCGAGGGAUGCACGGAGAAGGCACUGGAAGAAGCGACGAGACGAGGACAUUUGAGUGUCGUGAAGUUCCUCGUCACCCAUCGCAACGAAGGGGACAUCAAGCAUGCCAAGAGUGUGGCGGAACAGCUCGGCCAAUACGCCAUCCUCAAGUAUUUGUGUUCGUUGGAAAUGUAGUUUUAAAUGUACAAACUCGAUUUUUAUUCCGUGGUGGUGG